UUCCGACCUCCAGUCUCCCGGGUUCCCGCGGGGGCUAUCCCCAUUUCCCGGAGCGAACGACUGAGAUCCAGCGGGACAACGUCGUGUUCGAAGCUACUUAGUUCUGGUCGUGCUCCUGAGCAGCUUACAGGCUUGCGGGUGACAGAGCUGGCCUGCUGAGGGAUGCCCAAGAAGUUCCAGGGCGAGAACACCAAGUCGGCAGCGGCCCGGGCGCGGAGGGCUGAGGCCAAGGCGGCGGCGGAUGCCAAGAAGCAGAAGGAGCUGGAAGAUGCGUACUGGAGGGACGAGGACAAACACGUCAUGAGGAAGGAGCAGCGCAAGGAGGAGAAGGAGAAGCGGCGCCUAGAGCAGCUGGAGCGCAAGAAGGAGACGCAACGGCUGCUGGAGGAGGAAGACUCAAAGCUCAAGGGUGGCAAGGCCCCCCGGGUGGCCGCCUCCAGCAAGGUCACCCGCGCCCAGAUUGAGGAGACUCUCCGCCGAGACCAUCAGCACAAGGAAAGCCCUGACCCAGCCGAGAAAGCCAAAAGCCACUUGGAGGUGCCGUUGGAGGAGAACGUGAACCGCCGCGUGCUGGAGGAGGGCAGCGUGGAGGCUCGCACCAUCGAGGACGCCAUCGCUGUGCUCAGCGUGACGGAGGAGGCGGUGGACAGACACCCGGAGCGCCGCAUGCGGGCGGCCUUCACUGCCUUUGAGGAGGCGCAGCUGCCGCGGCUUAAGCAAGAAAAUCCCAAUAUGCGGCUGUCGCAGCUGAAGCAGAUGCUCAAAAAGGAGUGGCUGCGUUCACCGGAUAACCCCAUGAACCAGCGGGCGGUGCCCUUCAACACCCCCAAGUGAGCCUGGAACUGGAGGAGCCGCCCGGGCAGGCGGUCAGGGUCGCAAUCCCACACGCCCUCCCUCUGGGUCAGCUCCAAGGGCUACAGAUAUCUGGGGCCAUGGCGUGUGUCCUAGGGGCUCGGUGGCAUCACUGGCCACAUUUCCCGCAACAGGGCCCCUGCUGCAGUGACACCCCUGCCCUUCAUGCGUGCGCCAGAGUCCUGGGGCCGAGUGCCCAAUAAAGGUGGCCGGUGAGGCAGAGUGUGCA